CUCUCGAGUCUCUACCACCACCACCUGCUCCAACAUGGCGACCGAGCACGACUACCGCAGCGCCAAGACGCACCCCAUCUCGAAGCGCAACGACGGCUCGUCGCACACGAGCCACGCCAACCCGGACGAGUACGCCGCGCUGUACAAGGAGUCGGUCGAGCAGCCGGCGCAGUUCUGGGACAAGAUGGCCAAGGAGCACCUCUACUGGCACCGCCCGUACUCGACCGUCACGGCCGGCUCGUUCACCGCCGGCGAUGUCCAGUGGUUCCCCGAGGGCGGCUUGAACGUCUCGUACAACUGCGUCGACCGCUGGGCGUACAAGCACCCGAACAAGACCGCCAUCAUCUGGGAGGCCGACGAGCCUGGCGAGCACGUCGAGCUCACGUACGAGCAGCUGUUCCAGGAGGUCUGCAAGACGGCCAACAUCCUCAAGAGUUACGGCGUCAAGAAGGGCGACACCGUCGCCAUCUACCUCCCCAUGGUCCCCGAGGCCGCCAUCGCCUUCCUCGCGUGCGCCCGCCUCGGCGCCAUCCACUCCGUCGUCUUUGCCGGCUUCUCCGCCGAGUCGCUCCGCGACCGUGUCGUCGACGCCAAGUCGCGCGUCGUCAUCACGACCGACGAGGGCAAGCGCGGCGGCAAGACGAUCGCGACCAAGUCGAUCGUCGACGCGGCGCUCACCGAGUGCCCGGACGUCGAGCACGUCCUCGUCCUGCAGCGCACCGGCGGCAAGGUCAAGUGGACCGAGGGCCGCGACCACUGGUGGCACGAGGAGAAGGAGAAGGUCCAGCCGUACUGCCCCGUCGAGAUCGUCUCGUCCGAGGACCCGCUCUUUAUCCUGUACACCUCGGGUUCGACCGGCAAGCCCAAGGGCGUCGUCCACACGUCGGCCGGCUACCUCCUCGGCGCCUUCAUGACGCUCAAGUACGUGUUUGACGUGCACCCGGACGACCGGUACGCGUGCAUGGCCGACGUCGGCUGGAUCACGGGCCACACCUACAUCGUCUACGGCCCGCUCGCCAACGGCGUCACGACGACCAUCUUCGAGUCGACGCCCGUGUACCCGACGCCGUCGCGCUUCUGGGAGACGGUCGCCAAGCACAAGCUCACGCAGUUCUACACGGCGCCGACCGCGAUCCGCCUCUUGCGCCGCCUCGGCGAGGAGCACACCAAGGGCCACGACCUGUCGACGCUGCGCACGAUCGGCUCGGUCGGCGAGCCCAUCAACCCCGAGGCGUGGGAGUGGUACUGGGAGCACGUCGGCAACAAGGAGUGCGCCGUCGUCGACACGUACUGGCAGACCGAGACGGGCUCGAUCAUCAUCACGCCUCUUCCCGGCGCGACCAAGACCAAGCCCGGCGCAGCAACGCUCCCCUUCUUCGGCAUCGACCCGGUCCUGCUCGACCCGACGACGGGCAAGGAGAUCGAGGGCAACGAGGUCGAGGGCGUCCUGUGCGUCCGCAAGCCGUGGCCCUCGAUCGCCCGCACCGUGUACGGCGACCACAAGCGCUUCCUCGACACGUACAUGAACCCGUACCCGGGCUUCUACUUCACCGGCGACGGCGCCGGUCGUGACCACGACGGCUACUACUGGAUCCGCGGCCGCGUCGACGACGUCAUCAAUGUGUCGGGUCACCGCCUGUCGACGGCCGAGAUCGAGAGCGCCCUCAUCCAGCACAACGGCGUCGCCGAGACCGCCGUCGUCGGCAUCCCCGACGAGCUCACGGGCCAGGCCGUCGUCGCCUACGUCUCGCUCAAGCCCGAGUUUGCCGCCGAGAACCCGGACGAGCCGGCGCUCCUCAAGGAGCUCGUCCUCCAGGUCCGCAAGACGAUCGGACCGUUCGCUGCGCCCAAGAAGCUCGUUCUCGUCAACGACCUGCCCAAGACGAGGUCGGGGAAGAUAAUGCGACGCUUGCUGCGCAAGAUUGCGAGCGGCGAGGGCGACCAGCUGGGCGACUUGUCGACGCUCGCCGAGCCGGCCGUCAUCGACCAGAUCAAGGAGAAGUUUGCCAAGGCGUGAAUCUGCAAGUCUGUGCCGUUGUCGUCGCAGUGACCCUUCCUCGUCGUCGUCGUCUCGUCGUCCGUUCGCGCCCGGUCCUCUCCCUCUGUACCUUGUCUCGAGCUCUCUUCGCUCUCUCUUCUUGAUACUGCAACACAAGGGUUCGUUCCUGAUGC